CAGAUAAACACUGCACUGGUAGGAUUUAGGAGGACAGCAGGAUAGAAAGCUGAUGCCAGAGGAGCUGGAUGAGCUGCAGCUAGCCUUUAAGGAGUUCGAUUACGAUCAGGACGGAUAUCUGCACUAUAAAGAUGUAGCAGACUGCAUGAGGACGAUGGGGUACAUGCCCACGGAGAUGGAGCUGAUCGAGAUCAUCCAGCAGAUCAAGAUGAAAUGGGGCGGUCAUGUCGAUUUUGAUGAUUUCUGCGAGCUCAUGGGUCCGAGGAUGCUGAUGGAGACGGCUCACAUGGUGGGCAUGCGAGAGCUGCACUGUGCUUUCAAACAGUUUGACUGUAACGGAGAUGGAAGGAUCAGCUUUGAGGAGCUAAAGGAGUCGAUGAAGACACUGCUGGGUGAGAAGCUGAAGAAGGGAGAGUUGGAGGAGAUUCUGUCUGACAUCGACCUCAACGGAGAUGGAACAGUGGACUUUGAUGAGUUCGUGAUGAUGCUCUCAGCUCGAUGACCUCCUCCAGGAGUCUCAGUGAAAAAGUUUCAGCUUCAAAUUCACCUCAUUAUUAAAUAUUUUCUUCAGCAAUCAAACAUUAAAGAUGUGCUGCAAAGUGUGGAAAUAAAACAUUUAAUAUAUUCAAAUGAUAUGUAAAAUUAUUCUGAAACCCGUAUCAUACACACCGAUCAGCCAUAACACUGUGAGCAGUGACCGGUGAAGUGAAUAAGACUGAUGAUCUCCUCAUCAUGGCACCUGUUAGUGGGUGGGAUAUAUCAGGCAGCAAGUCAACAUUUUGUCCUCAAAGUUGAUGUUAGAAGCAGGAAAAAUGGACAAGUGUAAGGAUUUGAGCUUUGAGUUUGACCAAAAGGGACAGAUUGUGAUGGCUAGACCACUGGAUCAGAGCAUCUCCAAAACUGCAGCUCUUGUGGGGUGUUCCCGGUCUGCAGUGGUCAGUAUCUAUCAAAAGUGGUCCAAGGAAGGGACAGUGGUGAACCGGUGACAGGGUCAUGGGCGGUCAAGGCUCAUUGAUGCACGUGGGGAGAGAAGGCUGGACCGUGUGAUCCGAUCCAACAGACAAGCUACUGUUGAUCAAACUGCUGAAGAAGUUAAUGCUGGUUCUGAUAGAAAGGGGUCAGAAUACACAGUGCAGGACGGGUCAGGGCUGUUUGGCUAGGAAAAGGGGGACCAACACAAUAUUAGGAUGGUGGUCAUAAUGGCUGAUUGGUGUACACAGUAAUACAGUAAUACAGUAUAAUUAAAUCAGUAUAGAGAGA